AUGAGGUGGAAGAAAAAAAAAGUUGAUGAAGAUGAUGAUGAGGAAGAGGAAGAGGAGAUGGAGAAAGAUGGGGAGGAAUAUGAUGAACGCAUUCCGUUAAUGAACAGCGGCAACAACAACAACAAAAGCAAAAACAAAAUCAACAACAACAUCAACAACAACAUCAACAGCAAAAACAACAACAUCAACAACAACAUUAACUGCAACAUCAACAUCAACAACAACAACAACAGCAACAGCAUCAACAACAACAACAACAACAUCCUCAACAACAACAACAUCAAUAUCAACAACAGCAACAACAGCAACUUCAAAUAUGUAAAUAUACACAUUUACGAAAAGGCACAGAAACACAGAAAGGUACAAAUACUUAGGCGUUUUUUAGCGCAUACUGCUUGCUCUUCAGCGUUCUUCGGCGGUUACUGA